AUGCCGCCGAAGGGAAAAGGCUUUCUUAGACCGAAGCCGAAGGGCAAAGCGAAGACGCAAGAGCCGCAGACAGAGAACGACAUCCUCGAAGCCGCAGACGAGUUUGAACAAGCAGCAGGAAAAUGGCGCGCGGGCGAUGCAGUAAAAGCUGUCCGCUUCUUCAACCGAGCAAUUGAGGCAUACAACGAAGGGCUAAAGCGAUAUCCUCAGUCGUUUGACCUAGCUUAUAAUAAGUCAGCAGAGGGACCUCUCAAACUGUUCGCACGCUCGCUAAAUCCAACAAACAUCGACAUUCUCUUCAACACUGCUCAAGUCCUUGUAUCGUUGGCGGAUACCGGCCUAGAAUCGGGCACUCAAGUAGCUACGAAGAAAGACGCUAUUCCAUUACUUGAGGAGGCUGUCGAGAUCCUCAAGACAUGUUUGGAAAGCCAACAGCAACAACAUUCACAGAUACAGGCAGAAAUUACGAAAGCUGAAGCUUCGGGUGAGUAUCGGGAGGCCUGGGAAAGCGAGCACCAGCAGCCGGCUGAAACGCAGGACGAGGAUAUGGAGACAGAUUCCGGAACCUCGGAAGCACCCGGUGAUUGGGCUACUGUGGAAGAGCCAUUGACACCAGAAGACAUACUCGAUACUUGCACAGUGCAGCUCACGGCUUUGACAACACUACUUGGGCUGUAUGAUCCCGCUGCGGAUCUUCCCAACAUAGAGAAGAGAGUACACGAUGGCAUGGAUACAGCUACGAACAGGAUUCCCACUCUGAUCGCACUAAUCGACAAGUCGCCGCCAAAAAAAGAGGUGGAUGAGCCGAAAGCUGGUCCGACAUUAUCAAUAGGCUCUUUAUCUACAGCGGAAGAAGCUACUACAACACCCAAAGAAGAUGCCAUCAUUGUAACUGCCGUCUUCAAAGCUAGCGUAGCAGAUGCCCAAUACCGUUGUGGUAGAACAACAUCGACCGAGUACGCCAAAGCUGUCGACGAAACUUUCGGUAGCCUGAUCGAAGGCGCAACGACAACGACAAGCCCCGAUCUCUCAGCUGUGCACACUAUCUCGGCAUAUGGUGAUGUCCUCAUGGACCUGGCAUCCUCACUUGCGGACGGCGGCCAAUACACUACCACAUCCCCAACGUUCGCUACUGAUGUUGACAUCCAAUGGACUGCUCUCACACAAGUCCAAACCAUGUUCACACGAUUGUCAUCUGCGCCAUAUACAUCCAUUAUGCCACCGUCCAAUCUAGCAGAUGUCUUCAUUGGACGAGGUGAUGCCGAUCUUUUCCGCUUCCGCAUCGCGCUCUUCGAAGAUGUAAAGCCGGCCUGGCGGAAAAGUGCUCCAACUCUAGUUGCGAACGCGGGUGUCUUUUACCGUGGAGCAAGAAGCUAUGCUGAACGAGCUGAUCGCGCUCAAGUACGAGGUACUGCUGACGCCAAGGCGAUUGUGGCUGAUAUUCUGAAGGAGGUGGCGAGUGGUUCGACAGAAAUCAAGGACAACUGGAAGGGAAGGAGUACGAAUGUGGCCAAGGUUUUGGAACAAAUGGUAGAGGAGGGCAUAGUGGGAGGAGAGAACGUCGAAGGGGUGUUGAAGAUGACACUAUGA